AUGAAGAAGCUCAUGAUGGAGUAUCAUCAUCACCAACCGUCGUGUCUCAGCAUGUAUCAGACGCGCGACGGCGACGACAAGCGUGCUGCGGCAGCCAAAGCCGAGGCGCAAAAGCAAGAGGAGCGACAGAUGGAAAAGGAGUGA